UUACUAAUUACAAUAAUACACCAACACGCCGCCGCCGUUUCUCGUCUCCGCCUCCCCAGCUCCCCUGACCUCAUCCGGGUCCGGCGGGAGUCGCUGGUCAGAUGCGGCGUGCGGGUCUUUUCUCAACGGCGGGGCUGAGAGGCUGUACAGGAUUAGAUGUGGAAGCCAUGGCGGUUACCGGGCGCAAUUCGUAUCCGCCAUCUCAGGAGAGAAGCCAAGUUUGGAGGCCGAGGUUUUGCCAAUGAUGCCCCGAAGCUGAACUCCGACAACGGGAGCUUGUUCAGAAGUGGAAGCAGCCACGUUGGGGAGAACCGCAAUCCAGUCUUUGCAGGCGCUCCGGAGGAAGCUGGGUCUGAUUUUGUGCAGAAAACUGGAGGAAAGUCCAAACCCGAGGCCCAUUCUGCAGUAAAAUCAUGCUCUGGUAUUGGGAGUCUGAUUAUAUCAAAGUGCGCUCACAUAUUUGAGAGUAGAAGGGACACCUUUGAUGGGAAGUGCAGCUUGCAAGAUGUUCUUAAGCCUGGUUUGUGGCUCUCACCGGAGACCCUUCGCCGGUUCUGGCGCGUCUCUGAGCUGAAGCCUGAGGAUUAUCUUGACAUAUUGAUUGGUUUUGGGUCUAGCUCGGGACAAGUGAGGAACGCGAGGUUUUUAUGGAAUUUGUACAGGUGGGCCUCACAGCAAAGCAAGGAGUUCCAACAUCUGCCAAGGUCAAAUGAGACCAUGGUAGCCAUACUUGUGGAUGCUCAUAUGCUCAGUCAGGCUGAAUCACUACUGCUCUCAUUGGAUGAUCAUAUGGCUCUGGCCGUUUCAAGUGAACUAUUCAGUCGGAUUAUCCAGGCGUAUUCAGAAGCAUGCAACCUCGAGAAAUCAGUUGCACUUUACGAUUAUGCAAGGUGUAAGUGUUUGAUUCCUUCAGUUUCAUGCUACCAAGUACUUCUUCAUUUUCUGAUCAGAAAGAGAAAGGAUGAAUUGAUUUUAAGAGUAUAUUUGGACAUGCUUCAAGCUGGGUUCGGUUCUUGCACCAAAGGAGACAUUCUUGAUUCUGUUUUCAUUGCUUUAAUCAAGAAAGACAAUUUUUUGGAAGCUCUUGCUAUACUUCGGCAAAUAAAGAGUUUGGGUCUUAAAUUAAGCAAGGGAUCCUUAUCAAUUAUUGUAGAAGAAUUUAACAAGAAAAAGGACAUUGGGGAUAUGAUGAACUUUUUGGAAGAGUGGAGGUGUUUACCUGAGUUGCGUCUUUGCAACAGAAUCCUUGCGUCUUCAUGCACAAAUCUCGGUACUGAUCAGGCAUGGUUGGUCUUCCAAAGAUUGGAGGCAUUAGGGUUUUCUCCAGAUGCUACUACUUUUGGAAUUUUCAUAUUUCAUAGCUGUAGAGAAAUGAAACUUAUAUCUGCAUUCGUAUAUUUAUCAGAGUGCUUUUCUAGACAUAUUAAACCUAGGGUGUGUGCUUAUAAUGCUAUUUUAGGUGGCGUUUUCAGGGAGGGACUGUACAGACAUGCAAAGUAUGUCUUUGAAGAUAUGGUUGAAAGAAAAGUAACGCCUAAUCUUUCAACAUAUAAGAUAAUUCUGGCAGGAUAUUGCUGGUAUAGACAGUUUGAUGAUAUUGAACAAGUCUUGAGGGAUAUGAAAACCAAUGGUGUAAAUGAUCUUCCUUCUGGAAACUGUGCACUCUCUAAGACCUUAUCAUUCUUGGGGCUAGAUUACCUAGGAGUGAAAAUUAAGAGAGAUAAUGCCACUGGUUUCCCGAAAGCUGAGUUUUUUGAUUCGGUUGGCAACGGUCUUUAUUUGGACACUGACUCAAAAAAGUUUGAGAUUUCACUGGCACAGAUUUUGGAUACUGCACUUCAACCAGAUGUUAACUCAGAGCUAGUCAGUGCAUCUCAGCAAGGCAAUGUUGCAAAUGCUCUUCUUGUGAAAGAUGAAGCUUUUCAAUGGGGAUAUGCCAUUUCACCAGCUAGCUGUUCAGAAUUAUUCAAGGCCUUAUGUGUGAGCCCUGCAUUUGUAAUAGAUGCCAUUGACCUUAUGGAGGAGAUGCCAGAUAUAUUUGACAAGUUUGGUGCUCAAAGCCUUAAUUUAUUUAUCCAAACCUUGAGUAGGAAUGGGAUGCCAGCUCAUGCAAGACUGGUUUUUAAAAAAAUGGUCAGAGAAGGCUUGUCAAUCAGUCAAGAUACAUAUACUUAUUUGAUGAUAGGCUUCUGCAAAGAAAGAAACAUAGCAGGGUUUUGGGAAUGUUGGAAUCUUGCAACAAAUUAUAGUUGGUCACCUGAUAGCAAGGAUAUGAUGGCCCUCACCAGUUGCUUGUGCAAAUGGGGAGUAAUUGAGGAAGCCCUGAAGCUUAUGAACCAAUUAUUUGACUGUUAUCCGGAUCUAUUUUUCAGUGCAUAUUAUGCACUUCUCGAAGAAUUGUGCAGGACAGGGUUGACCAGUGUUGGAUGUGCAAUGUUGGAGGCUCUCAAAGAAAAGGGAAUGGUUGUGGAUAGCUCAAUGCUCUUUUGUGUGAUGGAGGGCUUCCUAAAGGAGCAUAAGACUGCUGAAUCAAUUGGAAUGUAUGACAUGUGGCUUUACAAAUGCAAAGAACUAGAUACAUUUACUUUCCGUUCUAUAUUGCCUUCAGUGCCAUUGCUUGAUAUGGACCGAGCCAAGAACUUGGUUGAAUCUGUACUGAACAUGGAAUUUACUGAAUUCUCAUAUUGCAGUUGCAUUUUGAAGGAAUUAGUGCAAACAGGAAAUAUGAAGCGGGUAAUGCAAGUCUUGCAAGAAUCAAUUCCUUGGAAGCUCAGUGGCACCUUGUUAAAUUCCUUAAUUCAAGCAUAUGGUUGUCUAAAAAAUUGGAGAAUGUUAGAUGCAGUUCUUUGCAUGAUGCUGAAGAUGCAUGCCAACCUUUCUAUAUCUAGCUAUCGCUUCCUUGUCUGUAGAAUGUGUGAGCAAAGUCGGUUUUCUAGUGCAUCAAGCCUUAGGACACUGUUCCAACAUAGUGACAAGUCAAGAAAGCUAAUUUCAUGUAAUAUUCUAAUAUUUUAUCUUUUUCAGAGAAGGAACACCUCACAGGUUCAUGAUUUAUUGAAGGACAUGGAAUGUAAUGGUAUUUCUCCAGACAGAAUGACCUAUGACUUCCUUGUCUAUGGAUUUCACAAGUCUGGAGAUGCCAAUAGUUCAGUUAGCAUGCUUGAUGCCUGUAUUGCUCAGGGAAUACAACCAAGCAACCGCAGUCUCAGAAUAGUGUUGAGUCAUCACUGCAAGCUAGGAAACCUUGACAAAUCACAAGCAUUAUUUCACUUGAUUGAGAGCAGUGGAUGGAAGCAUGGUUCUAUCAUUAGGACCAUCCUCACUUCAUGUCUUCUUUCAUCUGGGAGACAUUUGGAAGCAAAAUUAUGUCUGAACAACCUGAGCAAAAGUGAGUUUAUUGGAUCGUACACCAAUUUUGAUGACCUCGUCAAGAAAUUCUGCGUACUAGGAGACUUGAAAACGGCUCUUAAACUGCUAGAUACAAUGUUAAAGAAAGGCAAACUACCUAGUGAAGUCAGUUACAGUUCUAUUAUAUACAGACUGUUUAUAUUAAAAGAAUUUGAUCAGGCACUUGAUUUUCUCGUGGAAAUGCAAUUUGCAAGCCUAACACCAAGUGAGACCUCCGUUGAUGCACUUGUACAUGGCCUUUGUGCCACAGGAAGAACUUGUGAUGCUAUGAAGAUUUUGCAAAUGCUAAUCACCUUGGGAUCUGUACCAUCCUAUGGCAUGUAUAGAGUUGUUCUUGAUAGCUAUUGCAGAAGUAAUAAUCUACAGAAGGCUACGGCACUUCUGCAUGACAUGCAACAAGCAGGGCAAGUACCCAACUUUGAGAUGCAAUGGUCUAUUAUAAGCAAUUUCAGCAGUACCAAUGAGAAAGCUGAAGGACAUGGAGAGCCCAUUUUGCCAAACCUUUUCCUUAAUCCCCCAUAAUGGUCAUAAUUUGACAUGUGGUUUUCAGAAAACGGUGAACUGAUGAGUAUUGUCAAGUUGAACCCUGUGGAACUGACAACACACAGUGAAACCAAGCUUAUGCAACACUGCAACUCUAAUGUGCUACUUGGGGAAUGAAGGUUCACACAAGCGUCAACUUCCAAGCAAGAAGGCCUAGGUGAU